GUCGACACUUUUCUUCCUUCUCUUGCUCGAUUGCACCCGCCAGGUUUCUUCUUUUCUUCUGUCAUGAGGCUCUAGACUUGCACUGUAUAGUUGGAAGUCCUGUACAUACGCCAGUCCGUGUACCACAUAGCACCUCUUCGACCAAACUAACAAUUUCAAAAAAGUCGCAUGACAUUGGCAACUUCCUCCACAACCCUUGCAAGAUACGACUUCUCAACCGGUCCAUGCUAGAGCGUGUCUCGCCAUGCAUUGAGCCAGCCUCUCAACUCUUCUUACGAGCAAUUGCCCCUCCAAUUCGAUCCAGUCGCGCAUUAGGUCCGUCAUUUUGGAGGAAUGGAGGCCACGACAUCACAGUGCCGUCUUGGUGGCCCUUGUAUCUCGAAAAUGUCAGGCGGAGAUCCCAAGAGCGGGACAACCUUCGAUCCCGGUCCAGGUCUGGUAUCCCACGCUUAACGGGAGGUCGGGCAGCUCGUGCGGUUAAGCAUGAUGCUAUUCCCAUCCGACCAGUCGCUGCAGCAUCUUCAAGACAAUACACCAACAAUUCACGACUUGACCAAGAAGUGCACGACGCGUCGUCUACGGACACUGCAUUGAAGAAUUUAGAGUCUGGGGCAAGAGAUCUUGAGUCCAAGAGCGCUUUUCUCCCGUUCAAGUUCCGUCCAGCAAGCACGCCGCACAAUGCGUCAGCUCAGACGGAAGUAGAGAUCGAGCAAGGGCUUAAGAGUAUAUUGGGCGAGAAUCUGGGUACACCUCAAAAUCCCGAUAUUUUCAACGAUGCCGACGUCAGACAUGCCUUUCUCCGGCUUCUGAAGCAAAAGACCAAUGCCAGCACUCUCUUCCAUUUCCUCGCCCGCUCACUACCGUCAGAUCCACGGUCCAAGCAGACAGAAUGGGCCUACGAGGCCUUCUCCAACAUCCCCGUGUCACAGAGGACUGCGAGAGACUAUAGUGCCGCAGUCAGAGUGGCUUUGAAGAUGGACAACUUACCUCUGGCUCAGAAAAUCAAUGUCCAGGCAACAGACCGUGGGCUGCAUUACGAGUGCAGCGCAUUCAUGCUCUUACAUCUCACAUCUCAUAUGUUGUGGAAGAAUGCCGUUAGGGUCUGGGUCACGUCUUUCAGAGGACUAGGAAGCAAAUCUCCUUCCUCCGCCACUCGCCUUAGAGAAGAACUUCUGUCACAAGCUAGUCACUACAAGGACUUACCUCACGCUAUAAACCAGCUGGCGUCACGUCUCUCGACACGCUCACCUUUGCUUGUGCGUCUGUCCGGAACACUCUCUCAAAUUGGUCGCAGCCUGCUCUUUUUGCUCGUGCGCAAUGACCGGCUCAUGGGCCUGAUCACACCGAAGGGCUUGCUUGAGAUAUUGGACAAUUAUGAAGCGCUGGGCCAACUAAGACCACAUGUUCACGUCAGCGCCAUCAGGACUUUGCUGGAAUCUGCGAAGCGUGCCGAUAAGAGUGCACUUGCUACCCUGAUAUAUCGGCAUUUGCGCUCGAAGUUUCCUGAGUUCGCUCCACCGCCUAGUGUUUACGGCUCUCUAAUCUCCAUGCACGCGGAAGAAGCGGGUUCUUUGAAGGCUUUCAGCUUUUGUCUGCGAGAGUUCGCCCUAAUCCAUGGAGUGGCAGACAAGCGGUCUUAUCAAAAGGUCCUUACUGCUCUUGCCCAGCAGGGUGAUGUGGUAGGGGUUUAUUCUGUGUUCAAAGAGCUUUGUCAAACUCAUUCGCCGCCCGCCGAAGUCGAUUUCUACACGCCGCUCCUCUAUGUCCAUGCCCGCCUCGGCGACGUCGAGAGUGCUCAGCGGGAGUUUCAAGGGCUGAAGGACAGGGGCUUGGAGACAAACACAUACUGUUGGAACAUUCUUAUCUACGCUCACGCAAGAUCCCCGAAUCCUGAAACGGCAUUUGAUCUUUUUCGAAAGAUGAGGACUGAAGGUGUCCUUCCGGAUAAAUAUACAUUUGGCACAUUGAUGGGAAUCACCUCCAGAGCUGGGGACACCACUGAACUACUCAGAAUUAUCGAGCAAGCCCAGCAUUAUGGCGUCAAGGGCUCGUACGAAAUCAUGUCUGGAUUGAUUCACUCGUACUGCUUGAAUGAACAACCAGACACGGCAGAGAAACUUGCAGAAGCCACAACGGGAGCUAAUUUCGAGGGCGACCCGGUCAAGAUGUGGAAUUACAUUUUAAGGCAUUACGCUUUCCGGAAGGACUCAAACGGUUGUCUCCGAGUCCAGACUCGUAUGCAUGCUUUAGGUGUCAAGCCUGACGACAUGACUUAUGCCGCCAUGAUGACAGCGCUUGUGGCACUGGGCAAGACGAAAAGCGCCGCGCAAAUCCUCCGAAAGUUGAGUCUCAGCCAAACACUUGUGGCGAAUCCGUUCCAUUAUGCUAUCAUUGUACACGGAUUCGCCUUGGAGGAAGACCGUGACAUGGCCAAUGUCGUCUAUCAUGAGAUGAUGGAAAGAUUCCCAAAGCUGGGUGCCAGCCCUCGCCUAGCUAUGCUCCAUCUACAAAGUCGCCGCAGUCCCGAAACUAAGGAUUCGCCUCAAUAUUCUGUAGACUUUCUCGCAGAAAUCCUACAGACAAUCACGGCUACCGAUCGUGCCACCAAACUUCCACAGCCUGGCCUCCAACGGCGCAGAGCUGUAGAUGCAACGCCGUCCAUCUACAUUGAGCAUCUCGUCAAUGUUUUGAUGGCCAAGGGUCGUGUCAAGCAAGCAGACAUCCUCAUUCAAAGAUUUGAGUCUCUUGUCAGGUCGUCAUUCUUGGAUCUAGAUUUGAAAACUUUAGACUCCCUUGAGUUGUUGACAUCUCGUUUGCGAGUGUCUACACAGAGCCACGACUGGGAAAAUGUCGAGGCGCUCUGGACGAGAAUCCUCGAACGUGCAAUACAGGUUGCAACGCCAUUUCCUCAUACGGAGAACCGGGAGAUCUCGAAGCCUCGUUCAGCAACUGUGGGUGUUGAGCUCUUGCAAUCCGAGCCUAGUUUCGAGUUCAGCUCUAUGAUCCCCAACUCUGCUUCCCGCGGGCUUGCGAGUGAAGCACUACUCGACUCGCUCAAUUCGAAGGUCCUCUCGACGCAAAGGUUCAUUCUCGAAACCCCCAUCAACAAUUAUUUCAGAGCUUUGGAUCUCCAGCAUCGCCACAGCAGUGCUGCCACACUUGUUCAACUGCUUGAGAAGGCCGGAUUUGCGUUGACCAACAAAAAUUGGAACUUCUAUAUCCAGAUACUGACGAGGUCUUCUGAUUCACAGCAUUGGGAAGAGGCUUUUCGGGUCUUUGAGGAGAAGAUGUUUCCAAAUACUCCAUCGUGGGAUCUCCUUAUUCGUGGGGGAUCGCUGGCGCCGGCGAUACCCGAUGCAGCAUCCAAACAGGACAUGGAGGCCGUACGUCGCAGGGCCGGGGAAAAGACCAGUCCCGAUUUCCUCACACCGACUUAUCUUACAACGGUCCAUCUUGCGACAGUAAUAAAGGAAAGCGGUCUUCAAACCCGUCGUGGCGAUGACUCCCUCACCUCGCGCCUUCCAGAAAUCGCGCCCAACACGUACCAAUUCAUUCGACGCAUGCCUCGUCGGAAAGAUCGCUUCCAAGGCGUUCUUCUCCGUGGAAUAAAGAUCCGUGGGGACAUACCCAAGCGUCCUCGCGAUUGUGUACCAGCAGACCGAUCAGGGGUCCUAGGCAGCCGCUCCCCGCUUGAUCAUGUGCCUCUCACGGAGCUUGCAUACAUAGACCAGGUUGUGGACCGACACGACAAAGAUCCAGCAGGGGACGUUGAGCGAGCUGAGCGAUUCGACGGCCAGAUCAACCGUUCACUGCAACCUAUGGAUCAAGAAGAUCGUCUCGAAAACGAUCUGGAAUAUCAGGAACGCAUUCACCGACAAGAAGGGAACCUCCUUCACACCGUGGACACCAUUCGUCGCGAUGCGUCGCGUCCUCGUGUCAUGAGCGAUGACUAUUUCGGGCAGCCAGGAAUAUCAUCCGACUCUACUUUGCGGAGGAACGUAGCGCCUCCAGGAAGAACAUUGUUUGAUCCCUUUUAUCGCGUUCUGGAGGACAAAGCCCAAAGCGAGGAUUUGCAGCGCCGACGCCUUGAGGAAUCAGUACGACCCGGUGCUGUUGGGCGGGAGGCAACGGGCGAAAACGCGAGAACAUCACCGGUCGAGGCGCACGGCAAGAAGGCUAUGAAGAUUUACUGGCCGAUGGCGUCUGCUUAUACCGGGUCCUUUGAUAAGUCUCGUGCUCAUCUUCCGGAGAGGUUGUCGCAAGUCAAGAAAUUGGAGCUCAACGAUCCGCGCGUGAAGGCCGCUUGGGAAUCAAAAAGUAAGACGACUCCUAUGGCAGAAGGCGAACAAGAAAACAGAGAGGAGUAGACACUGAACCUUGCCAGCCAGUUGAAGCGGCGUGAUGGGUUCACGGAGUAGUUGGGGACAGAUCUUCACCCACCUUCGAAAGCGCAAAUAUUCAGCAUGUGAGGCUUGGGACUGAGGGCCUCAUCGCGGCAACGAUUGAGCGUCUGCUGCAGAGUAGAAAUCUUUGCCCAUGAUGAUGGCCGGAUGUAUUUCUGGUCUUUGCAUAUAAUGUCAUAUACAUUUUGUAUAUUCCUGCCAGAAAAACUGAUAGACUGGUAUCUAUUGUGCGUGAUGCUCGGGACGACUCGAAGCGAUGACUGUCUGAGGUAUUAAGAACAUCAUCCUGGCAAGGUCGACUGUCUUGGGUGACAUGUGGGGAGCAACAUAUCAAUACUCA